UACUACUGCCGGGGAGAAAGCGUCCGCUGGUUUGCAACCAUCGUAAGAGACCUCGACUAUUAUCAUAAAAUCGGCGAAAAUAGUUAACAGUUAUAUUGAGUCUUUUUAACGGGUUUCUCUACAUUCUUUUAAACUGCAUAGCUACGAGCAUUUGUCAACCGUCUUCCUAUUGUAGCCUACGCGUUUUACAUAUUUCAACUCAAACAGAAAGUUGCUGUUCAGUCUCAGUAGCUCGGAGCUGGACAGAAAUGAGCAGCCCUGAUGCUGGGUAUGCUAGUGACGAUCAGACCCAGGCAAGGUGCGCGAUGUCAAUCAUGAUGCCUGGUAUUGGACACUGCCAGUGGACAGACCCGCUCAGUCCUCUGGGAGAAGUUAAGAUCAAAAGCGAAUCAUGUUCCACGGGCUCUGGGAAUCAAAGCCGAGGGAAAAGCGAGCCGCGGAUCCGUCGACCCAUGAAUGCGUUCAUGGUGUGGGCAAAGGACGAACGCAAACGGCUGGCACAGCAGAACCCAGAUUUGCACAAUGCGGAGUUGAGUAAAAUGCUAGGAAAAUCUUGGAAAGCACUGCCAGUUACUGAAAAGCGCCCAUUUGUGGAGGAGGCAGAGCGUCUGAGGGUGCAGCAUAUGCAGGACCAUCCCAACUACAAGUACCGGCCGAGACGGAGGAAGCAGGUUAAGAGGAUCAAGAGGCUGGAGUCUGGCUUCCUGGUGCACGGCGUGUCUGACCACCAGGGCCCAUCCCUGGGGAGCGACGGCAGAGUGUGUGUGGACAACCUGGGUGUGAACUACCACGAGCACGGCUACCAGGUCCCGAGCCAGCUGUCUCAGCUCGGCCACUACAGGGAACCCCAGGGCAUGGGGGCCCACUUUGAGUCCUACAACCUGCCCACGCCAGACACCUCCCCCCUGGAUGUUGUGGAGAACGAUUCUGUCUUUUUCCCUCCGCACGCCCAAGAAGAAUGCCACAUGAUGCCCGCGUAUGCCUACCACCCGCAGGCUGUAGCCGAGUACCCCCCCCAAGACCACCACGGCAACCCCCUUCUCCACAGACACCUGCCCCCUGCGGAGCAGCUGGGCCAGGCUGGGUCCUUGUCCGGUUACGUGGGCUGCCCGAACCCCCUGGCCAUGUACUACAGCCAGCACUGUAACUCUGGCAACCCCAAACGGCACCAGGGCCACCAGGCCGGACAGCUCUCGCCUCCGCCCGACUCCCACUCGGCCGAGAACGUGGAGCAGAUGCACCAGUCGGAGCUCCUGGGGGAUGUGGACCGGAACGAAUUUGAGCAGUACCUGAACUCCUCCGUGAGGCCGGACCUCGCAGGCCUGUCGUUCGGUGGCCACGAGCCCAACAUGGCGGCUCCGGAGAGCCUCAUCUCCUCCGUCCUCUCCGAUGCCAGCACAGCCGUGUAUUACUGCAAUUACAACAAUGCAUAACUGCACCUUCCCCCCACACACACUGUCUGGCUCGAGGAAAUGCAUCCAAAUUGUCAGUACAGCGCCAGUGUAUUAUUUACAUAAUGCCACUCUGUGUCUGAAGCAAAAAUAGGCAGAAAUGGGUAUUUCAUGUUUGUGUUUUACAAAUGACGAAAGUUUAAAAAUGAAAUGUCUCACCGUAAAGCCAAUAAAAAUCCCUUAAGGCAUUGUAAUGAAAAGUUGAAAUACUUUGCCCAUUUGGCUGCUUAUUUGUAAUAAAAAUCUGUAUUUAAUGGGAGGGAACUAACAUCUCUCAAAAAUACAGGAAAUCUGUAAAUAGCAUUUGAUUAUGAAACAAAUGUACAGAUUAGUAUUUGUAAGGUGUAUGUAUAGGUGUUUUAUACUUUUGCACUUUUGAAAAUAAAAACCUGACUAGA